GCGCCCCCACUGCCGACCCGGUGCCGCGCUGACGCCAGCCUGGUGCGGGCAGGACGGCUGGGAACGAGGCCGGGUUUGGGGUGGGGGUCAAGAACUGGGUGCGGGUCAGAGCGAGGGGCGCCCCCUCGGCCCACGGAGCCCCCUUCGUCCCCGCAGGAGUUGCCGCUUCCGUGGAUGUGGGAUAUUGAUUCCCAGAAGCCCCCCAAGGGGAGAUGGUCAACGCCGCCCUUCGACCCGCGCUUCCCCAACCAGAACCAGACCCGCAACUGCUACCAGAACUUCCUGGAUUACCACCGCUGCGUCAAGAAUAUGAACCGCCGCGGGAAGAGCACGCAGCCCUGCGAGUAUUACUUCCGUGUGUUCCACUCGCUGUGCCCCAUGAGCUGGGUGCAGCGCUGGACCGAGCAGAUCAAGGCGGGGACCUUCGCAGGCAAAAUUUGACGGGCUGAACGCGGCUCUUCCGAGGGCUCAGCCCCAGGGACACCCCUCUCCCCCCAUCCUCUCGUCUUCCGGAGACCCGGCCCCGGCUACCCACCACCCAGUCCCUAAGCCUCAAAUAAAUCUGUUGUUGCUGUUGUU